AUGAUCCAGGAGCCAGUCAUGGCGCAACGCCCACGGGCUUCCUCCCAGCCUGGGAAACCCUCGUUCUUACAGAGCUCCAAGGUGGACAUGGCUCUGUGGCCCAGGGCCGUGUCCUCUCACUCGGGCUCCAUGCUGGAGGACGAGCUAACCUGCCCCGUGUGCUGCGAGAUCUUCCGGGACCCCGUGGUGCUCAAGUGCAGAACUUGAACCAGAAGAAGGCGAGGCGCGAGUGUCCCGUGUGCCGCAUGAAGUGUGCCCUGACGGAGCCCACGGUGAGCCUGGCUCUGAAGAACGUGGCCAAAACUUUCUUCAGGAAGCAGAGGAACCAGGGCGAGGCGGGUGGGUGGCCGGACAGAGGGGGUGUCCCAGUGAAGUCUGAGGCGAAGUGCCCUACACACGGGGAGGUGCUGAAGCUGUUUUGCCAGGACGAUGCCGAGGUGCUCUGCUGUGUGUGUCACACAUCUAAGAGGCACCAGGGCCACCAUGUGAUCCCACUAGAGGAGGGGUCCCAGGAGCUCAAGGUUAGAAUGGCUUGUCUCGUAUCAUUCAUUUUUGGAUGGUUGUGUAACCCUCUCUUUUAUGGUGUUGCAAAUAUUGUAUUCUGUCAGAUAAUCUUUUAAUUUCAAUGUUUUUAUUCAGAUAUACUACUUAAUAUUGACCAUAAUCCAGCUUGUUUUAGCAACAGUAUAAACUUGAAGCAGUACAGUCAGCAAUCAAACAUAACUAUUGUGAAACAUGAUUGUCAUUGAUGUGCCACAUUUCACAACAAUGACAUUUAGAGAGAGAUCCAGAGCCAUUGAUACUGUAUCUGCUAGUUGGCUUUCCAACAAAAAAAAGCUACACAUUGUAAGGUGAUAUGUGAAUGCUUCCAUACACGGUUACACUGUAUGCUAGUGCAAAGCACUAGAUUCGGAAUAAACUUGUCUCUCAUAAACGUCUGUGUCCAGUUGCAGGUGGUGCUCCAAAAACCAGAGAAAAUUCAGAAAAAUAUUAAAUCCACUUAUUGCACCGCGCGAGGAAGUUCCUCGCCAUUUUAGCUGCCGCACAUCUCGCAUUUCCCAAAGUCUUUGCAGGAGCUAGUCGUUUCUAUACAACGUGGCCACGUGUAGAAGUAGAUGACAAAGAUCUAUACACAUGCAAGAGGCAUUUCUCACUCGUUACAAAAAGUGGAUUUUUCGGAAUAUUCUCUGGUUUUUGGAGUACCACCUGCAACUGCACACAGACGUUAACAAGAUAAAAGUUUAUUCUGAAUCGAGAACUAAGAAAGUAUCACCAAAAUAUCCUGAUUACGGCUGAACAGCAGCCUAUGCAUGACCUCAGAUGAGCUUUAGCAUGGCUAGCUUUUCUUGAGCUAAGCUUCCAGACGCUCUUAUACACUAUACAGCAGUCUCUCUAAAAACCUUCUCUCUCUCUCUCUCUCUCUCUCUCUCUCUCUCUCUCUCUCUCUCUCUCUCUCUCUCUCUCUCUCUCUCUCUCUCUCUCUCUCUCCCUCUCUCUCUCUCUCUCUCUCUCUCUCUCUCUCUCUCUCUCUCUCUCUCUCCUUCAGGAAGAAAUGAAGCAACAAUUGAUCCCUCUGAAGAAGAGCCUCCGUGGCCUCUAUGAAGCCAAGAAGGAGUGUGAUGACACAACUGUGCACAUCAAGGUAUCAACAAACAGGGCGUCCGAAACUGUGGGACAUCAGCAGAUCCCAACACAACACUGACUGAUGUUUAGCUCACACACUGUUAGUCUGUAAAUAGUUGGAGGAAUGCCUUUGAAAAAACAAACCCUUGAAAAUAUGGUCUUAACCUCAUGUGGACAAAGCAGUAAUAUGUGUUGUGCCUUGUACUGUGCCUGGUGUUCGACCAAGCAUUUCCCCUUGAGGGAAAAUAAAGUUAUUUAGAAUUUAUUGCAUUUAUCGCACAAAUCAGAAAUCAGAUAUAUCUAGGUCAUAAGAUACUUUGUUCUCAAUGGCUUGCCUACCAAAACAACGUUUUGACAAAUGUCUGCCAUUGUGUGCCACUGUUAUAGAGUUGUAUAUAAGAUUCUAUCUCUCCUAUGACCCGUUUCUCCUGUUUGUCCAGAGCCAGACCCAGCAGACAGAGAAUCACAUCAGAGAGGAGUUUGAGCAGCUCAGGCAGUUCCUCCAGAAUGAGGAGGAAGCCAGGAUAGCUAUCCUACAGGAGGAAGACAGGAUAGCUAUCCUACAGGAGGAAGCCAGGAUAGCUAUCCUACAGGAGGAAGCCAGGAUAGCUAUCCUACAGGAGGAAGCCAGGAUAGCUAUCCUAGGAGGAAGCCAGGAUAGCUAUCCUACAGGAGGAAGCCAGGAUAGCUAUCCUACAGGAGGAAGCCAGGAUAGCUAUCCUACAGGAGGAAGCCAGGAUAGCUAUCCUACAGGAGGAAGAAGAACAGAAGAGACAUCUGGUGAGGAAGAAGACAGAGGGCAUCACCGCAGACAUCCUCACCCUCUCUCAUGCCAUCAUCGCUAUUGAUAAUGAGAUAGCCUCUAGUGACGCUCUUUUUCUUCAGGUAAGAAGAAUAGGAACUUUUAUAAACCAGCAGUAUUAACAGUACAAACAGUUACAAAACAUUUGUAUUUUUCCCAUUUCAGAACUACAGAAACACAAAGAAGAGGUAAGUGUUUUGACUUGAGAAGCUAAUACCCUUAUAAUGUAAUGUACCAAACUCCAACUAGAACUAACUGGCUGUUAUAUUGUUGCAGAGCUGUGAUACCUCUGAAGGGUCCAGAGGAGAUCUCAGGGGCUAUGAUCAACGUGGCGAAGCAUGUCAGCUCCCUCAAGUACAAGGUCUGGGAGAAGAUGGUGGUGCUGGUAGAGUACAGUAUGUACAGCAAGAGUACAGUAGUCUGUUUAUGCUCCAGUCUUUGGCUUGUUGGGUAGCUAGUUAGCUACAACUGCAUUAACUAAUGUUCUAGUUAACUUCUACUAACUUUGAUAGAUGUACGAUAACUCAUUUAUUACUAGAUACACAACUUGUAAAUAUUUUAUUAAAACUGUUUCCUUCGUACACCCCCAUCAAUAAAGCCAUUUUCUCCAUCUCCCAGCUCCUGUAACUCUGGACCCUAACACGGCCUACUCCUGGCUCUCUCUGAACAAGGACCUGACUAGUGUGACCAAUAGCGGUCAUGUGCAGGUGCUCCCAGACAACCCAGAGCGUUUUGACCACUUUGUGUUCGUCCUAGGCUCUGAGGGCUUCACCACCGGCCGCCACGCCUGGGAGGUAGAGGUGGGGGACAAGGACGACUGGAUGCUGGGUGUGGUCAAGGAGUCCAUCAACAGGAAGGGCCGGAUCUCAGGCUGCCCUGAGGGCGGCUUGUGGAUGAUCUCCCACUGCGAGGGUGAGUACAUGGCCAUGACCCGGCCACGCACCCCUCUAAAACUGACAGGGGAGCUGAAGAGGGUCAGGGUGCAGCUGGACUACGACUCUGGGGAGGUGACCUUCUCCAACCCUGUUAACAUGACGUCCAUCUACACCUUCAAUGAUUUGUUCACUGAGAGGAUGUUCCCCUUCUUCUGCCCUGGGGCCAACAUCAAUGGCAACAACCCUGGCCCGCUGAAGAUCUGCCCGGUCAAAGUGGCUGUGUGGAACAGCGCCACCUGGUGA